CUUCACUUCACUCCGCUCUCGAGUCAGUUAAGCGGCCGCAUCCGACGCGCUCGUUUCGUUGCAGUUUUGCGUCCGCGAGGGCAACCAUGAAUCUGUGUUGGCUGUCCAUGCUAUUUGCGGCUGCCUCUUGGUCAAGUUGGGGAGCUGCCUUAUCAACACCUUGCCAGCUUAAAGAGACCCACUAUGGAAGCGUUUGCGUCUGCAAUAGCAGCUACUGCGACUAUCUGGAGCAGCCAGUCCUCGGUGAUAAUGAUCAGAUUGUGCUGAUUAGCUCGAGCAAGAAUGGGCUGCGAUUCAUACGAUCUGAAGGCAGCUUUCUAGACGAGAAGGCCUUGGAAGUGCAGGAUCAGCAAUGGAUCGAUAGUAACUUUGUAACCGAUACGCUUGUUGUGGAGCAAAAUAAAGUUUGGCUGCAGUUCGCAAACAUUUCUCAACGCUUUGCCUUCAAUGUGACCAUAAAGACCGUGCAGUUAACAGUUCAGCGCGAGGUACGUUACCAGAAGAUAACGAAUUUCGGAGGCGCAUUCACGGGCAGCGUCUCUCACAUUAUACAGCAGCUGCCUAAAGAUCUGCAGGAUCAUAUCUAUAAAUCCUAUUUCCAUGCCGAUGGCAUUGGCUAUAACUCGAUACGCAUGUCGAUCGGUGGCUCCGACUUUGAUCUACAGCCCUGGGCCUACAACCAGUUGCCGCGCAAUGAUCCAUUACUCAGCAACUUCACCAAACUUGAUUCACGGGAUCUUCAAAAGAUUGAGCAGUUAAAGCGUUUGAAAGCAAUUGCCAAAUUGAAUAAUCUGAAAAUUAUGGCCGCCGCUUGGAGUGCACCCACUUGGAUGAAGAGCAACAACCGAUGGACGGGCUAUGGUCAGCUGAAAUCGGAGUACUAUCAGGCCUGGGCGGAUUACCAUUUGAAAUUCCUCGAACUGAUGCAGUCUAUAAAUAUGCCCGUCUGGGCCAUAUCCACUGGCAAUGAGCCGUUAAACGGUGUCAUCGGCUUCUUUUUCAUACACUUUAUGAGCAUGGGUUGGACGCCCUGGCAGCAGGCAAUUUGGCUCAACGACUAUCUGGGCCCGACCAUUAGGCAGUCCAAGCAAAGCCAAGUGCUCAUUUUUGGCAACGACGAUCAGCGCUAUACGUAUCCCUCCUGGUUUCGCAAGAUGCGCGCCUCGCGCACCAAUGCACUCGACUAUCUCGAUGGCCUGGCGGUGCAUUGGUAUUGGGAUGAGAUCUUUGGGCCGCAGCUUAUAGAUCGGGCCCAUGCGGAAAUGCCAGAUAAGUUGAUAUUAAACACGGAAUCCUGCAUCGGCGACAAGCCCUGGCAGACACAUGGCCCCGAGCUGGGCAACUGGGGGCGUGGCGAGAGCUACAUGCGCGCUUAUAUGCAGGACUUGCUGCACAAUUUUAACGGCUGGCUCGACUGGAAUCUGGUGCUCGACGAGCAGGGCGGUCCGAACUAUGUGCACAAUUACGUGGAUGCUCCGGUGAUUGUGAAUACAACAAGUCGCUCUGAAUUCUACAAACAGCCCAUAUACUACGCCAUUGGGCACUUUAGCAAGUUUCUGCCAGAGCAGUCCGUGCGGAUCGAGGCGAGAACCAAUGAAACGGAGUCCUUUGCGCAGCUGAGCGUGGUAGGCUUUCAAAGGCCGGAUGGCAGCGUGGCGGUGAUCUUGUACAAUGGCGAAAACUUGCCCGUUAAUGUGGCGCUCAAUGACAGUCAGCGAGGUGAAUUCAAUAUGCGCUUACCCGCCCGCUCCUGGCACACCGUCAUCUACAAAUGAGCUGGAUGCCAUGGAUUUGAGGAAACUUUGAAUGGGUUAGGCCCAGCUUAUCGAUAGUGAUCUAUAAUCUAUAUAUAACUAAGGGUCCAGCUGGUGUUGCAUGUAGCCGCUACUCCAAGGACCAAUUAGGAUAGAAAACAUGUUUGCCACUCAGUCGCUCAAGUGAUAAACAAAAGGAAGCCAAUAAAUUGCCCCAUAGCAGGAUGCGGAUGCUCGUAUGCGCAGACUCUGGAGAAUUGUCCAAGCGCAACGACCAAGACAACGGAAAUUUGUUUAAGCUGCUCAAUUUGCCGUAGCGCGUCUGUUUACAAUGAAAUUUCAUUUGCCGUUUACUCUCUGCCACACCCCGUCCUAGCUCUAGCCCAUCCAUAGCAAUGGCCUGGCGGCACGGCAAGUAUAAACGAAAUUUCGGAUCAUGUUGAGUGACAACUGGCAGUCGAGCGGCGACAACGACCAGCCGAAAACAUCUUUCGUACAAAUAUUUUCUUAAGUUUUCUUCAAAUGAAUUUUUUUUAUUUUAUUUUUUUUUUUUUUAUUUUUUAUGUGCUCUAUAAAUAUGAUUGUCAAUUGAGCGCACAGCAAAUGCAUUUGCUGCAUCUAUAUGCAUCUGGCCCCGACAAAAUGGGGCGUUUUAUGUAAAUCUAUAAAUUAAAUAUGAAACGUUCAUAAUUUUCGUAUGACCAAUGAGUGCGCCAUAGAGAUUCUUUUGGCAAUAGCUUACAACAAAUUUGUGCUUCUAAACGAAAAGAAAAGUAGAAAAU